CUAUAUCUUUCUUUUCUCUCUUUUAUUCUUCUUUUUUCAAUGCGAAUAUAACAUAAUUCCAUUACUAUUCAUCUUUCCAAAAAAAAAAACAAUUAUGGCAGAAUUAGUAAAACACAGUGUACACAAAACCAAUGUUACCAAAACCAUAACCAACUCACAGUCGCCACCACAAACAUGUUCUAACCGUGUCGUUAGAAUAUCCUUUACCGACGCUUAUGCUACUGAUUCUUCUUCUAGCGACGAAGAAUCAAAAUCAAAAACUUCGUCGUUUUGUCGCCAAAGAGUCAAAAAACACGUCGCUGAAGUCAAAAUAGAAUCAGAAUCUCGUUCUGUUAUUCAGCAUGAUGAUAAUAAUAAUAAUAACAGUGUGAAGGAUAUUAAGCAGGUUGUGAAAUCUGAUAAUAACAAGAAGAAUAAAAAUGUUUGUUAUUAUGGAAAUGGCAACAAAUAUCGCGGUGUUCGGAAAAGGCCAUGGGGAAAGUACGCGGCGGAGAUAAGAGAUCCCACGCGGCGCGUGAGAAUAUGGCUUGGUACUUUUAAGACAGCUAAAGAAGCCGCUAUGGUUUAUGACCAAGCCGCUAUUCAGCUGCGUGGACGUCACGCGCUUACUAACUUUGUAAUUCCGCCCGAUGAUAACAAACCAGACGACCCUGUAUCGUCGGGUUAUAAUUCGGGUAAUGAAUUACUUGAUGUCAAAACGACGUCGCCUAAAUCCGUGCUGCGUUUCCCUUCGGUUUCAACUGACGGGUCGGAUUCCGGGUCGGGUAAGGUCUUUGGAGAGCCCGAUGUGUUUUCGGAUUUCCGGCCAUUUGAUGAUUUUGUUUCCACAUUUGAGCUAUUUGAGUUGCAAAAAGUCGACAAUAUUUUUGACCCGAUGGAUAAAGUAUUCGGGUCGGGUAAUGAGUUUGAUAUCGGGUCUUUAAAUUGGCCGAUGGAUGAGGAUGACCGUCUUCUUGAUGACUACGGUGACAUAUUCGGGUCGGAUCCUCUUGUGGUGCUAUAAAUUUUUUUGUAAUUUAGGAUAAAUUAAAACAUGAAGAACGUUAUUCUAUGAUUUUUGAUUGUAUAAAUAUUUAGUGAACUCCGUUAGAUUAAACGGUAACGGACGAGUUUGUGAGUUCUUUUUGUAUCUAAUGUUUUGAAUCGAAUUGGGUAGAACUUAACGAGAAUGUCGAUCAAGUUGUUUUGUAUUAUGUGUGUUGGAGUUUAACUUUUCAUUUGGUAAUUGUUCACGUAGUUCGUU